AUGCUUGGUAACAGGCUGUGGCAAGCUUCCAAGGCCCUAUCUCUUUCCUGUCUCAGGAACUCCAACAUGACCAGAAAGAUCUUCACGAACACCAGGGAGCGGUGGAGGCAGCAGAAUGUCAACAGUGCCUUUGCCAAGCUGAGGAAGCUCAUCCCCACUCACCCUCCGGACAAGAAGCUGAGCAAAAAUGAAACACUUCGCCUGGCCAUGAGGUAUAUCAACUUCCUGGUGAAGGUCUUGGGAGAGCAGAGCCUACAGCAAACAGGAGUGGCCGCUCCAGGAAACAUUCUGGGCCUCUUCCCCCAAGGACCCCACCUGCCAGACAGGACUCUUCUUGGUGACUACCAGGUUCCAUCACCCGGCUCAAGCCACCACAUUCCAUAA